AUGCAUUAUCAUCAUCUGCAAUGAUGACUUUGAUAGAUGCUGAAAUUGAAAACAGAACAGAAAAAUGGUGACACCCCAAAAAGACUAACAUUUUCUUCCGUAGAAAUUUACAACACAAACACAAAAAAGCUCUGCGUAUGGGCCCACACACCUCUACCAUACACUGUCGCAACUCUCACGUAUUCUUCUUCCUCUUCUGCCAAACAAGGACAUCGACACCACCACCAACAACGUUUUCUAACUGGGGCUGAGGGAGAGUUUUGGUGAUGGAGAUUGGAUUCUGUUUUGUGGUGGAGUUUCACUGAGAAUGCUGUGCAAGAGUUUGUAGAAUAGUGGAAGUUUUGGAGCUCUAUGGCGACGUUUUUUUGUUAACUGUGGAUUGGAUGCUUCUGCACUGUGGUGGUUCAGUGGCGAAAGAAGAUAAAUGCAGUGUUGAUUUUAUUCAUGAUUCUCUUAUGCAGCAAUUAUGGAGCUCUGCUUGAAUCAGUGAUUGUGGGAUUUGGAUUUGACAGUUCUGGGGCCAAGAUUUUGUGUCUUUGAAGCUUUUAUAUAUUAUCAGACUUACUUUUUCAAUACGUUUAAUAAUUCAACUUUCUUUUUCCUCUGUUGGAAGAAAGGGAGGAUUCACUGAAUAAGGGUGGCUAGGUGUCUCCGUUCCCUUUUCUUUUUCUUUUACGGGAAGUGUGGACUGGAAUUUUCAGCUUUUUUUCUGUAGAACCUGUUCUUCACUAUGAUCCGUGCAUGAAGAAAGAAGGCAUUGAUACCUUUCCCUCCAAAGAAAUCUUAUAUUGCUUCUGUGAGAUUCACUCAGUUGGGAAACUUGGAGGAGUGAGAGUCUAAAAGAACCUGAAUAUUAGGUCACACAAGAUUAUAACUAUGAGGAGUUUUGUAUGAACAUAGGCAACAUAGGAUCAAGAUUGCGUUAUUAGCAUCCUGAGAAAAGGAAAAUAAGGAAAGAAGGAAGUCAACUGUGACAAUCGUUAUGGCAAAGAGGUCACAAAGAUUCCCUGUGAAUUAUGAGAAAGACCAGUCAGGAUGUAUGUGGGGUUUUAUUAGUAUAUUUGAUUUUCGUCAUGCUCGAUUUACUCGGAAGUUGAUAGCAGAUAAGAGGCAUGGAAGCAAGCAUGCUUUUGGUGCGCCACUUACCAAGAACAAGUUUGAAGUGUUGAGCAAUUUGGGUGAAAACUAUGAAGGCAAUUUUGACAGGGGAGAGAGUAAGAGACUAACACUGACAACUGAUGCUGAAAAGCUUAGUGUGAAGAAACUUAUAGAAGAAGAAAUGAUCACUGACCAAGAUGAAAUAAAGGAUCAAGAUAACGUGGAAGUGGAAUCAAAGCAAUCCAGAUUAGGGCGUGAUGAACCCCAGAAGACAGAUUCCAAAAGAAAGAAGAAAUCUCGCAAGAAAAACCAUGAUUUGAAAUCAGAUGCAACCUUGAAAUCAGAGUUUUCACAUAAGAAGCAUUCAAGGGAACAGUCAAAAGAUACUAUAGAUUUGGACAAAAUAAUGGAUGAUUUUUGUCAUGUUGAAGCUACUUAUUCCAUGAUGUUUGACAAUGAUGGAAAAAUUGACGCGCAGUCAAACCAAAAGAAUGUAAUGUAUGAAAACCUUGAUAAUGCAAUCCAUGAAUUUGUGAAUCAGAUGAGAUUGAAUGGGAAAGAUAUGCAUGAAGAUGGACAAUUCCUUAGCUCACGUGAACUCAUGGAAGCACUUCAGGUUAUAAGUUCAGAUAAGCAAUUGUAUCUUAAACUUCUACAAGACCCAAAUUCGCACUUGCUGAAAUACAUUCAGGAGUUGGAAAAUGCUCAAGGGAGAGAUGGCAAAGAAUGCAGUUCACUUACUGCCUCCAACUGCUCUGAACUAGAACUUGUUAGUCUAAAACAAACUAGGGAGAAUACCAACCGUAAGCAUCUUAACUUUUUCAAGAAAAGGGGAAAGUCUCAAUCAAAAGAUCUGACAAAUGAAAAUGGGAAAACUGAGUUUUCAAAUAGAAUUGUCAUUCUGAAACCUGCACUAACUGACAUUCAAAUUUCUGAAAGUGAAAGCAACCUUGACUCAAUGCUAGAUUCUCGUGAUGUUUCCAAUUACAAAGGUCCUUCUGUGAGAGUUGGUUCACAUUUUUCUCUUACAGAGAUAAAAAGAAAAUUGAAACAUGCCAUGGGAAAGGAGAGACAUGGAAACCCUGAAGUAAUCCCACGAAAGCUCCCUGUUGAACGUCAAAAUAAGUUGGCAAGAGGCAAAUGCAAAGAUAAUACUGGAAUGAGAUCUCCUAAUAAAGACCAUUUCUUCAUUGAAAAGAUUGCUAGACCAAUGUUUGAUGUCAUGAAGGGAAACAAGACUGAUACACUGAAGGACUCUGAAAUGAUCGUAGAACAAGAAAGUGGUAUUCCCAAGCUUAGUGCUUCUAGCUUAUAUGUUGAGGCAAGGAAACAUCUGUGUGAGAUGUUAGAUAAUGGUGAUGAAAACACAAACAUUUCAAGCAGGCAGAUUCCCAAAACCCUUGGGAGAAUACUUUCUUUUCCCGAGUACAACUUUUCACCUGUAGAAAGUCCUGGAAGGGAUUUUGAGCAUCAUUCUGUGACUGCACAGGCAAUAUCUUCUCCCUCUGGAAAAACUAGGGAAGUUAGUGAGGAUAUUUCCUCCCCAGAACCAGCAACCUCAGUUGGUUUUCCAGCUCAGGAAACUAACAAUUCAGAAGAGAAGUCAUACGUUUGUGAUGGAAUCUCUAAUAAUAAAGUACAAGAAAUUAAGCCAGUGUCAAAUUUCUCCAGUGAUGUUGGUCCUGUUGAUACAUUUGAAGUCUGUUGUCCUAUUAGAGAUGUGACAGUCACUGAAGACAAUGUUGAACCUGCAGAAGAGAAAAAUGGGUUGGAAUCAGAUCUGAAUGGCUUCAUCGUAGGACAGGACCAAAAAAUUGAUAUCUCAGAAACUCCUGAUGGUGCAAAAUGUUCUGGAUGUUUGAAUCAGGAUGAGGAUAUAACAGAAGAGAACCAACUAUCAUCUCUACCGACAUCUCCUAACUCUUUGAUCUCUAAGAAAAAUGAAGAGGUGGAACGCGGUAUAGAUUUAUCUGGGGGACCGAGUCCUGUAUCUGUUCUUGAUACAUCAUUUUCAGAUGAUGACUCUGGAAACUCCAGAUGUCAACCUGUUAACUUACAAGUACAACCUCUACAAAUUCAAUUUGAAGAACACGAGUCUUCACCAGCUGAAGAAUUUGACACAGGAAAAUAUAGUUUUGGAGAAAAUGAAUUGAUAUAUGACUACAUCAAAGUUGUCUUGCAUGCCUCUGGUUUGACAAGAGAUCAGUUGUUGGUGAAAUGCCUUACCUCUGACAAAAUACUAGAUCCUUCCCUCUUUGAUCAGGUAGAGUUCUUCUCCAACCUGCUUUGCCACGACCAGAAGCUCCUAUUUGAAUCUAUCAAUGAGGUCCUGAUGGAGGUUUGUCAGCAUUAUUUUGGGGUCUCACCUGGUGUCUCAUUAGCAAACCCUUGCAUGAGGGCAGCACCAAGUAUGAAAAGGCUUACUUUCAAGGUCUGGGAAGGAGUGUGCUGGCAUGUCCUUCCCUUGCCCCCACCACGCACUUUAGAGCAAAUUGUUAGGAAAGACAUGGCAAGAAGGGGAACUUGGAUGGACCUUGAACUUGAUGCUGAAACAAUUGGUUUUGAAAUGGGGGAGGCCAUUCUUACUGAACUGAUGGAAGACACGAUUUUGAGUCUUGUGAGUGAAAGUUCAGUAAGUAUUUAAUUUGAGUUGAAGGACAAUUAUAGCAACUUCCAUUUGUAAAGGACUACUCACUGUCUUCUGAUCAUAAAAAGUUUAAAGGAAUUCCUAUGUGUGAGGUGGAAGGGAAGCAAAGAGGGGAUAGGAAUUGAUAACAAGAACACUGGAGAGUUAUAGAGUUCUUCAAAGCAUAAUUGGGACUUUGGUACUGUUUCUUUUCAGCCUACCAGACUAAUUUGAUAUUUCAUAAUAUAUUGUGAAUGAGGAUACUCAAAUAAGGAACAAGAAGUAAAUGGGGAGCCAUUGGCAGUUGCUUCUUGCAAAAGUGAAAAAUCUAGGCUUGUUUACUAUGACAAACAAAGCAACAGUCUUGUUGAGGUGUGUGACUCACUUAACCCAUUGAAGGGUCAAAGGUGUUUGAUUGUAGAUUUUGUAAAGUUUGAUUUGCUGAUCCCAUUAGAAGGCGUGUUAUAAUUUUGUUUGUAUCAUCUUUUGUAUAUUUGCUUUUUGCUUAACCUAUUGAUUUCACGAACUUAUAAAAUAAUGUACACUCAGCUUUUUGUGGUUUGCAAG